AUGGACGAGGUUGCGAUGAUUACCGGGGAACCCAUUAGGAAGCGCGCCAGAAUCGGUAACAAGUGGAACGCGUGGCCCAUAAAUCCGACAUCGUUUCCAAUCGCGGGAAUCGCUUCGUUACCAGUGGAAAUCAUCCUCGAAAUUCUUUCCUAUCUACCGUACAAGGAUUUAUGCGCCGUUAGACGCGUGUCGGUGUUCUUCGAGCGAGUCGUUCGCGAUCCCUUUCUAUGGCGAACUUACGAGGUGACGAACAAUGAACUGGAGACGGCGGAGGUGAUCAGGGAGCUGAAGAGGAUGCCGUUGUUGAGAACGUUCAGGAUAAACGUCAGAGCCGACUGCGACGAUAUUCUGCGGCAACUUUCGCUGACGAACAAAAGGCUCGAGGAAUUGCACAUUUCCAAUUGCACAGGCUCUACGUCAAAGUUGUAUCUACGCUCGGGCCAGCUUAUCCGCAUACUGGAGAGGUGCCGCAAUUUGCACACGAUCAAUAUACUCGGGAGCAGAUUCCGGGGACGGAAAUUCUAUCGACUGCUGGCCAAGAUAGGUCCGCGACUGAAAACCGUUAACACACUGGCGACCAGGUCGCAGUUCUGCACGUUCAUCGAGAACACACGACAGAUUACCGAACACGAUCGUCGGACGAUCUGCACGAGGUGCAUCGACGCCAAGAGCUGGGCGCCCUUCGACUACAUCCUGAUGAGGCAGCCUCAGCCCCAACACGGCCGCGGUGCAUCCAUGAUCCUGAUCAGCUACCUCAAGAUCGGCAUCCUGUUGAUCGACGCGGAUCGACCGACUGGCAAGCUCUCGAUCACCGAGACCACCGUCACUCGACCGAUCUAUUAA